AUGUCUUUCGCUUUGCUCGUCAUGGAGCUGGCAGCGCGGCAAGUGCAGUUCGAAGAGUUGGAGAAGGCAGAGACUGGGUCCAAGUUUCAUCUUCGGGCAGUGCUGGAGGUCAUCCUGCGCAGCCGGCUGGCGCCGGCAGUUCUGCUGGCUGUGCUGCUCUUCUUUUUUGACAGGACACCUGGCAAGGAGCUUUGGGACCGGUUUCAGCUUCACGCCGCUCGCUCGAAGGGGCGCUACAUACGUCGUAGCCCUCAGCAGAGCCUGCAGGGCUGCGGCAUCAUCGCGUGGAUGCCCGACCGAUUCCCCCGAACCGUCAUGGGGUCAACGAGCCUGAAGGGCGAAAGGCCGUCCCCCGAGCCUCGAGCGCCCUUGCGGCCGCUGAACUCGGGGUACAGCGACCGGCUGAUCCCGAGCCGCGCAGGGUCCAACCUGGAGCGAACCCCAGACGUCCAGGAGAGCGGCUUAGAUCUGAUGGAGUCUGGCUCGCCAGGCCAAGGGGAGGAAGCCUCCUUCGCGCGGCUGCUGCGCAAGGAGCUGCUCGGCCAGAGCUCCCAGUCCAGCGACAGGGAGGAGACGCUGUUGCGCACCCCGGAAAGGGGCCUCUUCCGGUACCGGCGGAAGAACGAGGACGACUGCUCGCUGCUAACGGGCAGCACUUGCGCGGAGUCCCCGGUCAAGGUCCAGAGGAAGUUCCCGCAGGCGCCCUACAAGGUCUUGUCCGCUCCGAACCUCGAGGACGACUACUACCUGAACGUGCUCGACUGGUCGGCGGAGGAUAACCUUGCAGUGGGACUUGGCAGCAGCGUGGACCUUUGGAACGCCUUCAGCGGCCGGGCUUCGAGGCUUUGCGAGCUAGACCGACCGGUGGCCUCCAUUCGCUGGUCACAUGAGGCUGGCAGGUUUGAUCGGGUGGCCCUGGGCCUGGCGGAUGGCGAAGUGCAGAUCUGGGACGCCUCUGUGGGGCAGAAGGUGCAGAGCCUCCAGGGCCACUUGAGGCGGACCUGUGCACUGGCCUGGGCCGACUCGAGCCUCUUCAGCGGAUCCCAGGACACCCACAUCUUUCGCUGGGACAUGCGGACACCUAGUCCAGUACAAAACCUGCAGGGCCAUACCGAGGAGGUCUGUGGCCUCGCCUGGUCCAAGGAGCUGCGGGUGUUGGCCUCCGGCGGCAACGAGGGCGCUGUGAACCUUUGGACGGAUCAAGGCGAGCUGCGGCGGCUGGGGUGCCAUCAAGCUGCCUGCCGGGCCCUCGCCUGGUCGCCGAAGGGCGUGCUGGCCACAGGUGGCGGCACCGCCGACCGGACCAUCCGGCUUUGGACAGCCUCUGGCACGCAGACGUCCUGCGUGCAGACGGAAGCGCAGGUGUGCAGCUUGGCCUGGUCGCCCAGCGGCGACGGUGAGCUCAUCAGCACUCAUGGCUUCUCAACCUACGAGGUGAACCUUUGGAAGACCACUGGAGGCCUCUCGCGACUGCAUUGCCUGCAGUGGCACAAGGCGCGAGUGCUCUUUCUCGCGAUGUCGCCCGAGGGCGCUUUGGUCUUCGGCACCGGCAACGAGAUGUUGUGCUUCUGGCACCUCUUCGCCAAGCACCGGGUCUCGACGGCAUCAUCCUCCAUGUCCUCUGAGGUCUCCGGCCUCAGCCGCACCAUCCGCUGA